UGACGGUAAGUUGCCCUAACAACGACAUUUUAUUCGUCUCUGUAUCGUCGAGGCGUACGGUACUCCAAGCCGGACGGCAACAAGGCAAUAACAAAACGCGAUGCGGUCCUAAUUUCUUCGUGUCCGUUCUAAUUACAAAUGACAUACUAAAAAUAAAAUAUAAUUCAAUUCACAUUUAAUAAUAAUAUAAAUAGAAGAAAAACGCGCGAAAAGGAAAAAUAAUUUAAUAUUUUUUCGAAUUAUUUGUUGUAAAAUUAGUUUUGUCGCUCGUCGUUUUGUUUUGUGCGGUGCUGCUCAAGUUGUGUGUGUGUGCGUGCGUGUGUGUUUGAAAUAUUCAGCACAAUAUCAAAAGUUUUCACACAACAAAAAUUUUCAUUGUCUGACGCGUAAGAAGAGAGCGCGUGAUGCACAUAUGAAACAAAAAAAAAAUAGAGGUCCAUAAGAAAGUUGAAGAAGAGAAGAGAGAAUUCAAAAAGUAACAGUGAUACCAGUAAAGUUCCUUAACACGCGGAGAUUGCCCGAUAGACAGAGAAAGAGAGAACUAAGGAAAACCACAACAAAGUUAAAUACCAACUAACGGCCUUUGCUGCUAAUUACAACAGCGAAAUAUCAAUAAUUAGUUCCUUGUUAGCGAUCUACGCCUACAGAAAGAAAGCAAUCUAUAAAAUGAUUUCACACAGUCCACCCAUAUUCAGUCACAGUCCACCCAUUAGUUUCAUGGUGGACUAUAUGAGCGGACGUCAGCGUCAAACAUUGAACUACAAUGAUGAUCCAAAUAGCAUAGCAUCACGCUAUUGCCGUCCACAAGCGGUCACAUUGGCCUCCAAGGCGAUGGUCCACAAUGCCUCAAAUGCCGCCCAGGGCCAACAGUUGCCCACUAAGACGGGUGGUACGCCUCUUGGCGUUGGCAGUCGUUCCGGUCGUAGCUAUUUGGAGCGCAUGGUCUCUGCCCCAGCGCUCAACAAACAUCCAAAAUCGUGCCUCAGUCGCAAAUCCUGCCUGCACAAAAGCAAUGAAAGUUCCAACAACUGCAACAGCAACAACAACAGAAGCAACACGAACACAACAGAGCUGGACAGCAGCGAUGGAUUCGUGACACAUUCGGAUCAGAGUCGUUUGCGCAAGAAACAUGUGAUCUUUGCAGAUGAUGAGGGUCUCUCAUUGACGGAGGUGCGCGUCAUGUCGGAGCCCUCGAAUGUGCCACCAUACUGGAGCAUGAAGUUCCUGGAGCAAAUCACACAGGGACUGGUCAGCCCGCAUCCGCCAGAUCAAUGGACCGUCGACUUUAAGCAGCCAGCAUCUGAUUAUUUGACAUUUAGACAAAAGAUUGAGCGUGAUUUUGUGUCGCUGGAGAAUGUGAUUGUCAAGGAUGAGGAAUCGAUUGUGGUCGGCACCAUCAAAGUGAAGAAUAUCGAUUUUCAAAAGGAGGUCGUUGUGCGCACCACCUGGGACGACUGGAAGAGCCAACAGGACAUAUUUUGUACAUUUGCCCGGGCCUAUGGCCCAGCCACCUGUGCCCACGUCGUCUUCGAUACAUUCUCAUUCAAGAUAACGCUGCCACCAUCGUCCAAACGUUUGGAAUUCUGCAUUUGCUAUCGCAGCAAUGAUACUGAAUUUUGGGACAAUAAUGAUGGCAAAAACUAUACCAUCAGCAAACGUUCGCCCUUUUACUACAAUGCCCUGUCGCCGUAUGAUAAGUCACAGAAUCGCAGCUCCAACAGCCAACAGAUGCGGUCCACCCUGACGGAUGCACUUGCCCAGGCGCAGAAGCAGACUAGCUCGGAGUCAACUACACCAUAUUGGUAGAUGAAGCGCGGGUUAAGCUUAAAUUGCUAUAGCUAACAAAAAGCAGGUCCUGUGGCUGUCCGAGGUCCUUGCGGCUGGAAUUGAUUUCCAUUUGAAAGAAACAUUGGUUCCGAAGAACCCAACAAAAAACAAAAAACAAAGCAAAACAAAAUUAAUGUGAGGAUGAAACUGAUCAUUUAUUUGAAACCGUACACAAUUUUUAAAGCCAGAACCUGGUACAAAUCCAAAAGGUGCCAUUAACUUGAGGUUUAUUUUUCUCUACGUACAAUCAAACAGAAACUACUUUAAGUUCUAAGCAUAACUGAGUUUUAUAAAAACCAACUCAUUUGAAUUUCAAGUUCAUAUCCUUAGAUUACCACACACACACAUAUCUCUUUCAACAAAAAAACAAAAACAAAAAACAAAAACAGAAAACAAAAAAAAAAUAGUAGUUGUAUGUUUGAUUGUGUCACGAUAUCAAUAUCAAUUUUUUACUAUUAUUGUCGAUUUUAUGUUUGUCUGUAUGCCUGUGUGAUUGUCUACUAUAUAACUGAUAUUAGUUUAAACACGAAACAACAAAAGUAAAAACAAAUACAACAAAAAAAUAAUAAUAAUAAUAACUAAAACAAGAAAGCGUGAGUUAUCCUAGCAAACCAUUAUUUCGAAAUUCUUCAUAUGCAAAUAAAGAAACAGGAACAACAAAAAAAACAAAACAACAACAGCAACAAAAAACUCUAAACGAAUAUAUUUAACAAUUUUAGUGAUUAAGUUUUGCAUGGAAAAUUUUCAUAGAAUUUCUUCUUUUUUUUAAUUUUGUUUAUUAUUAUUUUGGUUAUUUGAAACUCUAAGACUGAAAUGGCUUGUUACGGAGAAAACACGUUCUGCAAUACAAUUUAUUAAUAAUAAUCAUAAUAAAAAACCAAACGAAAAACAUCACAUUAAAAAAAAAAACAAACAAAAAACUCCAGUUCGUCUCUAAAAUUGUUCUUGUGCAACCCGACUUUGAAACUUAGUCUUAAGCAAUCUGUACAUAUAUAUACACAUUACAUACGUAGAUAAAUCAUACACCAGAAAAUUGCCUGUUAAAUACAUUUAUAUACAUUUUAA